GAGUUUUAAAGAGGGAAAUUCGUGUCAAGGAUAUGUUAUUGCGACGAAAGCUACGUAGCGGGUAUUCAAACAUUUGACAGUGAACAAAUGAGUGAUAAGAUUAAUGUGAAUUUAAAUUCAUAAAUCAAGAAUACUUUCCGAGCAAUUAAAAAAGCUUUAGGUAUUCAACUUCUCCAGAAUGAAUAUAAAAGAGGCGAUUCGAAAUUUCAAUAUCAACUCAUUGAAACCAACUAUUGUUGAAGUUCGACGUCUGAAUGGAUCAGUUAUUAGGAGCAAUAAGUACGGUUUGGAAAUUGAAGAAUAUAAUGCUACUAGUCGUCCAGAACCAAAUUUUUCCUGUUAUGGUUAUAUUCCAAAUUUCGAGCCUGAUCUACAAAUCGGCAAAAUUAAUCUCCCCGAGUUUACAAUUCUAUUUGGUUCCGUUGAUGUUGCUCGAAAUUUGGAUGUAUUGAAAGCUAACAAUGUGACACAUGUUAUUAAUCUCAUCUCCAAUGUUGUACCCAAUUAUUUUCCUGAAGUAUUUCAAUACCUUUCUCUUGUAGUUUAUGACACUUUAGUCUUUGAACUACGUGAUACUAUUCAUCAGUGUUGUGACUUUUUGCAACUUGUAAGACAAAGCGGAGGUUGUUGUUUUGUACAUUGUCAAGCUGGCCUUUCACGUGCACCAUCCAUUGUUAUUGCCUACUUAGUUAUAAUUUAUGAUUUUUCGUACGAAGAGGCUUACAGUAUGGUGAAUAAUGCUAGAAAUGUUUGUAUCAAUAUCAACUUCAGAUCACAGCUAAAAAGACUGAGCUAAGCUAGUAAUGUUCAUCAGUGGAUUUCAAUGUCUCGUGAAUCAUAGGUGAUCAUUUUAUAAUUUCAUUUUAUUGAACAUUAAUGCAAAGGCAUCGAGGUAUUAUUUUUGUAGCUAUACUUUUCUCCGUGAUCAUUACAUUCUUUUCUGUCUUCCUUUGUAUUUCUGUAAGGCGCUUUGUAUACUUUGUUUUGCAUACCCUACUUGAUUCUCAUGGCGUACCAAGACUUUUUCAUAACUUUAUGAGGAUAAUAUAUGUUCAUUAACAGAAUAUUUUGAAAAUUUGCACACAUGAUUGCCAUAUAAUUCCCUUGUGCCAGUUUCUAGUUUUAAAUUUGCUCAUAAUGAUAUUUGUCAGCCUUCGUAUUUAAAUUCUUUAUUCAACUUCUGAAUUUUCUGAAAAAAAGUAACAUUGAUAUUUGUUGGAAUGAUAUUUAGCCUGUAAUUAAAUCAUGAGUAAAAUUCGACCAUGCAAUAGUCCAAAAAGUAUCUACAGUUAGUACUUAAAAACAAUAACACUCUAAAAGUAAACAGAGAAAAUGAAAAUGUGACAGACACGCGUAGCGUACACAAAUGGUACUCGUGAGGGCAGUUAUCAGUUUUCCCAGAGACCGACUUUCACUUCCUGAAAUAAAUUUGUGCCCAACUUAUUCAUAAUUUCUCCUUUAUUGUCUUACUUUCGUCUACCCACGUGUUUUUUAUUUUUAAUAAAGAUAAUUUCUCAGUUCA